GUGUGGCAAGCGCUGCCAAGUAACUUGCCGCGCUCGGCUUUAGCUUACUCGACUUAACGUCUUAAAUAAACAAACCAAUACUCCUUUGCUAAAUUAAUGUUUUAGUUUAAAAAAUGAAGUUACAAGUAGUGUGUUUUGCCUUGCUAUGGAAUUACGCAUAUUCGUCCUGCCGUACGCCACUAGGAGUUGAAAGCGAGUGCGUGUCUCUGUACAACUGUCAGCCACUGUUGUCAGCCUUCGAGCAACGUCCACUGCCCGGAAACGUGGUCAGCUUCCUGAGGCAGUCUUCGUGUGGGUUCGAUGGUUAUGAGCCAAAAGUAUGCUGCGGGCCUUUGCCUUCUCAGCAGCAGCAACCGGCUCAACCUACGCAAAGGCCUAGACCGACGCGCCCACCCACUUCCAACAACGAUCAAGUAGCUCCUGUAGAGGACGAGGAUUCAUCUCCUUCCCCCAGUGGCGAAUGCGGCGUUGACACCAAUGGAGACCGAAUCUAUGGCGGCCAGUUUACCGACCUCGAUGAGUUCCCAUGGAUGGCUUUAUUGGGGUACAGAACCCCCAACAGAACGAUAACGUACCAAUGCGGCGGAGUCCUGAUCAACCAUCGGUACGUGUUGACCGCGGCGCACUGCGUCACUGGCGCCAUCAACCGCGAAGUAGGCACGCUUGCCACCGUUCGGCUUGGCGAAUAUGAUACUCAGAGCGACGUGGAUUGCGUGGACGACUCGUGCGCUGACCCACCGCAGGAGAUCGCGGUGCAAGCCGGCCUGCCGCACCCCGGCUACCACGACAAGAACAAGAACAGGGCGGAUGACAUCGCUCUAGUUCGGCUGGCUCAACGGGCCAAAUAUACUUACUACGUGCAGCCCAUCUGCCUGCCGGACGGCCGGGCGCGGUUGGCGGUGGGCAAUGACGUUUACGUCGCCGGCUGGGGAAAAACCUUAAACGGACGCAACAGCCCAAUCAAGCUGAAACUGAGGCUACCCAUUUUCGAAAAGGAAAAUUGCAUUCAAAAGUACCGCACAUUGGGUGCCGAGCUCGGUGACAAACAAAUUUGUGCUGGUGGAGUGUUCUCCGAAGACGCGUGCAGAGGUGACUCCGGAGGCCCUCUUAUGAGAGCCAAGAGCAAGGGAGUGUAUGAGUCCGUCGCUGUAGUGUCCUUCGGCUAUGGCUGCGGCAGGGACGGAUGGCCCGGAGUCUACACUUCUGUAUCAAGUUACAUAGACUGGAUUCGUUCUACGAUGCGAGAAAAUAAUGUUUAGAAAGUUAGAGUAUGAUUAUUUCCAAUAUUUAAAUUGUAAAUCUUGGAUUUUCAGUCAGUAUGACUUAAAUGAAUUAUACGUACCAUUGAAUGAACGAACUGUGUUCGUUCAAGUGUUCAACGUUUACGCAUUAAUCUCAAAUUUGUGAUAAUGUUUAGUGAAUCCUAAACAAUUUUACUAUUUAGGAAUCAAUUGUAAUUUGGUGAUUGUAAUCGGGAAAAUGUUUUCAUAGAUUGAAGAUGUGUACUUUUUUAGAUAUCAAAAACAUGAUACUGAUACCUAUAUAUCUAUACAGUUAAUUGUGUCUCAAGUGAAGCAAUUGAUACCUAUUAUGAGUUAAAAUUAUGCAAAUUGCUGCCUUUUUUUAAUGGCAUACUAGACUUAUACUGAGCAGUGGGCGAUAAAGGGCUGAUAUGAUGAUGAUAAUGACUUUCCUAAUAACAUCAUAAAUAAACGGAUUUUAAACUUCGUACUUUUUCCUUAUCACUAUCAACAUUUUCUUUUUGUUGUAUGUUUCUUAAAAUUUGUAUGAUGAAAGUCAGAAAAAGUGCUUUUGUAAUGUCCAAUGAAAAAAAAAAAAAAACGCCUGUUUUGCCGAACGUUUUUGACCAGUUUACUUGUGACAUUGCCUAUUAAGAGUGUCAAUCUUUCUCUCUCAGAUAAUAAUUGGUUACUUACGUAUGUAUCUAUGGCGGGUUUAUAUUGGCCAAUGGUCAUACUCACGUCAUACUUAUUGUAUGGACUGACGUUUAAUCUGACAAGGCUAUUUGUACGUUACGUAAAAAUAGCCAUACAUUUGAGGUGCCCUUCCCCCGCAAAAAUCGGCAGACUGUUUUGUACAGAAAAUUACAGACAAGGCGUCUCGGGUUGGUUAAAUGCUCUAAGAUAUUGGCUCCCAUAAAAUAUAAGUCCUGAUUUUGUUGACCCAUAACGAUUUAACGUUUUUAGGUAUAAAUAUUGUUAGUUAUAAUGUCAAAGAUCAUAAUAUCGUUUACCAUAAUACAGAUGGUCAUAAUUUUAAAUUUCGAGGUAGGUAAAUACUGAUAAUGCAUAAUUGAAAAAGGAAUAUUAAAUAAAAUAACAAUAAGAAGGUCAAAUAAUAAAUUGAUAUAGUGUUUAAAGCCAUA